AUGUCUCAGCCGAGCUUCAUCAAGCAAGAGGCACGCGCCAAGCUACCCCAGAGUGCCAAUGCCGAGAAUCCCGAUAAGGUCGAGAAGCCUAAGAACCUGAAGCGCGAGAACCUCAAGAAGGAGGAGAAACCGCUUCAGGGCGCCAAGGGAAGCGGCAGCGAGAACAGCGACAACGAGGAGAAGCGAGCCUGGCAGAAAGCCAAGCGCCGCAAGUCGGCACCGCAGCCCGAGGACGAGGAACCCGAGGGCGACGAGCCCGAGGGCGAGGGGCCCGAGGACGGCGACCCCGAGUCGGUCCACACGCCUGCUCUACACUUGCUGCCCGAGCGGCUCCAGCGCACGCGGGAGAGCCUCCCAUUUGAGAACGCCCGAGACAUGUUCGAGGGGCUGCGGCAAGAGCUCGGGCCCCCACGGCCGCCCGAGAACACGCAGCAGCACCUGACCGAGAACGCGCAGCAGCACGAGGCCGAGGUCGAGCACAGCGGCGACGAGCUCGAGGCCGAGGCCGAGAGUCCGACAUUUCGAGAGUCCGAGAUGCCCGAGGAAGCCGGGAGCGAGACCGCCGAGCUUGACGAGGAGGGCAGCAGGCCCCAGGAGCUAGCGCCAGAGGAGAGCAAGUGCCAGGAGCAACUGCCCGAGGAGAGCUCUCGAGAGCCCGAGGUGCCCGACGACGAGGACAGCAAUCGCCAUGAGCUCGUGCCCGAGGAAGUCAAGCGCCAGGAGCUCUUGCCCGAGGAGAGCAUGCGCCUCCGAGAGGAAUCCGAGGCGCUAGCCUUCGCGUCGCAUGGGCGCAGGCAGAGCCAGCGGGGCCUCGAGGGGAUGUCUUUCUCCGUGGCUCACUCGAGCUCAAGACUUUUGAGUGCGAGCGAGAAACGCACCCAGAACGAGCAAGCCCGAAGCGGCAUGGCCAAUCAAGUGACGGCGUCCAAGAAGCCAGCGCAGGCCGCGAGGGAGUCCAAGCCCACUGUCGCCAAGAAGCCAGCGCAGGCAGUUUCGAGGAAAUCCGAGCCGACAGUCUCGAAGAAGCCGUCGAGGGCGCAGAUCGAGGGGAAGACGAGCACCGACAAGCUCGACGCAGUCGUCCAGGUCGAGACGGAGGUCAAGAUGGAGACGACGCUCAAGCCCGAGAGUUCAUGGAGCGAGACGGAGAUCGAGACCCACCUCGACCCCGCCCAAGAGGCCGAGCUGCAUGCCUCUUGGAGGGCCGAGAGGUUCAACUCGGGCGAGCUCACGGGGCUCCAGGGCGACGUUCUGCUCAUCUGCGUCUGGUCCGACAACCCGAUGCACUACACGUACCUCAAGGUGGCCAAGGAGGAAUUCCAGGACGUGGCCAUCGAGUACCGAGACUCUCUCAAGGUGCCGUCCGAGUCCGCCAAGGAGGCGGCCACGCCCGCGGCGCCCACGGCCCCGCGGCGGGCGCCGCUGGGCGCGGAGCACGCCGCCUCGCAGGCCGUGCUGCGGCUGUCCAGCGCGGGCCACUGUCCGCUGGGCAGCCCCAGCCCAGGGGCGGCCCCGCUGUGGGCGGCGGCUGCGCCGGCACCAGAGGUCCGAGGGGGGCGCGCGGGCGUCCGUCGUGGACAACGACGACGACGAGAUCGUCGACGACGACGACGGCGACCACGAGGACGACGAGAUCGUCGACCACGGCGAGGAGGGCCUGUCAGCCGUACCUGCGUGGGCCCUGGAGCACGUGUCGUCAAAGGGCGCGAGCACGGACGAGCUCUCGCCCAGCCAGCGCACGCUCCUGCUGCGGCCUGGCGUCGGCGCGGAGGGGGCGGAGCUGGUAGCCGCUGUGGGCCGCGUGCACCAGCCAGACCUCUUUCGCGCCUGGCUGCCAGACGCCAAGGAGCGGUACGCGGUGUCGCGGCUGGCCUUCGAGGUCUCGUGGCCGCCCGGCGGCGGCGCCUGGCUGCGGGCGCGGAGCACCAACCCGGUCUACGUGGACGGCCACCGCGCGCAGCCCGGCAAGCCCGCGAUGCUGACGCCCGGCUCCGAGGUGCUGCUCGUCUUCGAGCAGUCCGUCCUGGUCAAGCUGCGCUUCUGCGCCUGCGGCGGGCCCACCGAGUCCGAGGUCACAGUGGCCCCGCCCGCGGCCGCACGCUCCGCCGAGG